AUGAUCAACACUACAUUACCGCCGACAGCCAGAUAUUUGGAAGGAAAGAUUGCGAUUGUAACAGGGGCUUCGCGAGGCAUCGGUGCAGCCAUCUGCGAGAUCCUCGCUAGCAAAGGAUGCUGGCUUGCCAUGAACUACUCAUCUCACUCAUCCGCAGAGAUUACCAACCAGCUCAGCGUGGACCUAGAAGCGAAGUACCACGUCCGCGUCGUACCAGUUCAAGCCGAUAUUGGGUCGGAAAGUGGGCCAGCUCACUUGAUCAGCUCAACCAAGGCUGCAUUUCAGAAAAUAAAGCAGCCAGGAUCGACUUUUCAAAUUGACAUAGUUGUCAAUAAUGCGGGUACUGCUGACAUUUUGAGUAUUGGUGACUGUGACAGCUACAGUUUCGCUACAAUGUACAAUCUCAACGUUCGUGGUCCAAUGCUUUUAGUAAGAGCGGCCCUACCUUACCUGCCACAUAAUCGAAGCGGAAGGAUUGUCAAUGUCUCAAGUAUGGCAAGUAUGGCUGGCUUAGCGGGCCAGACAAUAUAUGGUGGGACUAAAGCUGCCUUGGAGGCCAUGACGAGGACGUGGUCGAGAGAAUUGGCCGAGAGAGUCACUGUCAAUGCUAUCAAUCCUGGUCCUGUUGCCACAGAGAUGUAUAACUCUUUACCAAGGGAGGUCAAAGCUACAUUCAUACCCUGGAACAAGAACACUCCGCUGGCUGCUAUAAGGGAGCAUGUUGAUGCUCCUGAGUUUAUCGAAGGCGCGCCGCUUAUUGGAGGACGGCCGGCGUAUCUUCAUGAAAUAGCCGGUGUUGUUGCAAUGAUUUGUAGCCCAGAAGCAGGUUGGACAACUGGGAGUGUGAUUUGUGCAAAUGGGGAGACCCUGCCAGAAUUGCUCGCGGACUGGGAUGAGCUGCAUCACUACGCCUCAGUCGCAUUACCAAUCCUCAUCACGGCCCAUAAAGAUGACGGGUACCGGUGGUUACAGCAAGAUAUUGCAAUGCCAGAUGCCAACUCGGGAGACGAAGUCGUUAACCCUCCUCCAUUCCUAGUUGCUUUGCCAGAGCCGCCGUCCUUGGACCAAGCGGCAGAUUCCAACGUUCCAUGA